AUGGAACCUAAACAAAUAGAACAACAAUCAGCAAUCGCUAAACCAACAUACUUUAAGACACCAUGGGGACAAACUUAUAUUGAGGCCCAGGUUGAAAAGGUGGAUUCAACAGGCAACAACUUGUUGUUGUGUGUAGAUGUCUCUGGAUCAAUGGGUGGCGCACCAAUCCAGAGUGUGUGCGCAGUCCUCCGUGACAUAUACAAGAGAACAAAGAUCGACUAUCCUUUGUUCUGCUACAACACUACUGUGACCAAGAAGUCCACCAAGGACAUUGAGAACGUCGACUUGGUGGCCGGCGGUGGCACCGACUUCCCAGUCGUCUUUGACGCCAUCAAGACUCAUCUGAUCGCCAAUCCCAAGUCCACCACCUUUAUCUUCAUGACUGAUGGUCAAGACGGAUCCAGCGCAGCUGAAAGACAGCGCUCUACUGAAGCCCUCAAGCUUGUGGUGAGUGGCCUCUCACACCUCUCCAUCACCGUGCAUGUCAUUGGAUUCGGUGAUGUGAACAAUGCUUUCCUCGAGGGCGUCAGGAAGCUUGGCACCAAGGAAGGCCUGUUCAAGUACUCGACCAAGUCGUCCGAUCUCCAGAAUGACUUCAACGACAUGUUUGAGUAUGCCGCGUCUGCACGCGAGUUCUCGCUCAACAUUGGCGUCAACUCUUACUCUGCACAGAGCAAUGACGACACUGUCUGCUUCCUCAUCAAUGACACCAUCGACAGUGAUGCCGAUGCAUACUUGGCCUCUGGUGAGGGCUCCAAGAAGAUCGACCUGGUUCCCCUCGAGCCCGUGCGACCCAUCCACUUGGUCAAGGCACUCAAUCUCAGAUCGCCAGACAAUGAGAAGAUGGUUCGCGAUAUCAUUGCUACAGCCAAUGGAAUAGUUCCAUCUGGAAAGGACUUGAUGGAGCGUUUGGAAGUCGAGCAGAUCAAGAAGGAGAUCAACGAUCGUAUGAUGGAGUACAUUGGAUUGUUCACUCAGAUCAAGAUGGGACAGGUACCCGAGCGUGUCAAGCUUCAGUUGAGCGCCCUUCGUCACGAUGCAGCCUUCUCCAACUUGAAGCGCAAGGAGAAGCUCUCUCUUCGUGUCAACAAGAAUGCCGAGUACUUUAAGAAGACCGAUAUUAGUGGUAUCCUCGAAGGAUACCGUCGUGACAUGGACAUUGCCGGAUGGGAGGAGCUCAAGCAGAUAAGAGACCAAUGGACCUGUGCCUUUGCCCACGAGGAUCUCUAUGAAAUGAUGCGCAAGUCUCCCGACAAUGUCAUGUGCAUCGGUAUCUUGGUCAAGAGGAAUGACGCCUCUCUCGACUCCAAGGUGGAGCUACUCGACGUGUCCAACACCAUCAUCUCUUACGACUCUUUCAUCUCUGCCAUCACUCAUAUGAAGAACAACCCACAGGCUGAUGGUGCUGACGCUGACUACUGUAUCGUUGGUGCUGCACGUGAGAAGAUCAACGCUGUCAUCCCUCUUUACAUCCAUCAUGAGCACAUGAAGCGUAUCCGUAUCUUGGAAGGUAUCUGGUUGGGCUACCUCUUCACCUUGGACUCGUAUGGCUACGACAAGUCACAGGAGAUUGGACUUGUUCGUUUGGUGUACGACAUCAUCAAGCGUAGAACAAAGACUGAGAUUAACACCAGAGUCAUCAAAGAGUUGGAGAAGGUGUGCAAGUUCAUCAUCACCGAGUCUGUUGGCUUCAAGUCUGAGUUUGGCGAGCAGACCUGCAACAACUUCAUCCAUGGCAUCCAUGGUCGCAGUGUUGCACAGGUCCGUGACCUCGAGCUCAUGAUGAUGCUUGGCCACCUCAGUGGCAAUAUCGAGGACAUGGCCAAGGCCGUCUACUAUGAGCAUCUUCGUCGCGAGGUCCAGACCAAGUACAAUGGAAAGGACAAUCAAGAGUUGAUCAAGUUCCUCUUGUAUGGUCGCGAGAACACUGCCAUUCAAGUGGCCGCCGCAGAUGUCAAUACUGCCAACCAAGAUGACGCUGACUACGUGGAGAAGAGUUACAUCGAGUACUAUAACGAUGAGCUCAGGAAGCCAAUUCCCUUGAUCCAGGAGACUGUCACAAAGGCCCGCAGGUCCAUUGUGGAUGCCGAUGCGGCACACAUCAAGGCCAACUACAUGGUGCCAGUCCCAGCGAUCAUCACAGAGAUGUUGGAGUACGCAGGAGUUGAUCCUCAAUCAUUGGUGUCAUUGCUCAACCCUGAGCAACUCCGUCGUGAGAUCCUCUUUGCCCUUAGGUAUGUGGCCGUGCCCAGCUCGGUCACAGAGCAGAACAUCCUCACCUCUCUGGACACAGAGAUCCAGGGUCGUGUGGAUCAGAACUUCUACUUUGACGCAAAGGAUCAGAAGAACAUCGAUAUCAUCGUCUACAAGACUUCACAGUGCAAGACUAUUGAAGGCUUUGGUGGUCUCAUGCGCAAGUACUGCUCAUCAUGGACCGGUCCCAUCUUCCUUGCUAUCGUCCAGGGCUUGCUCGACACCAACGCACCACUAAAGAAGGAGAAGUUGUGUGCAUUGCUCUCCAACAGCAUCAAUGACAAGCCAUUGUUCACAAGAUAUGGAAUGGUGGACCUUGUCUACCAGCCCUUCCCCGCAACAUUGAACAAGAUCAGACACGCGAUUGGCGUCAACAAGUUGAGCUCCAUCGAGAAUGCCAACAUUAAGGAAGGCAAGAGGGUGCUUCAUCUUUACCGUCUCUCGAACAAACCCAACCGUCAUGGACACUGCAACGACAAUCCAAACGACUCGCUCAUAUACAAAUUCGAAGGGUACAACAACCCAAAGUAG